CCCAUACAAACCCAGCAAACUGUUGCGGAUAGUCACAUGAUAUCGCGCAUCGCUGUGACGCGUGACCACCGCGACUGAUGAUAAUCGACUGAUACGAGUACUCCAUUAUUUAUCCACCUCGGCAGCAAGACCGUCCUGGAGUCUGCUACGAAAGGCAUUCAUUGAGUCAUGUCAUUCAUUGGCGAUGAUGAUGACGACGAGUACAGUGAUUGGAAUGACGAUGACCUGUUGGUUGCCGCAACGCAGGCCGGCGCAUUUGAGUCGACUGCGACGGCCAGCGAUCUCGACUCUCCUCGACCGACUAAGCGGCGCCGCAUGAGUGCUGCACGUGAAGACAAUUCUUCUUCCUCGCAAAUUGAAAGGGAGUCCAACGCGCGCACAAGCUCAUUUAUCGAUCAUGAUCUUCCAUCGCCGCCCCGCAGACGACCAUCGGUGGACGACGAAAGUGACGGCCCGGAGGAGGUCAAGUCGAAGUACAAAAGUUUUGUUCCCAAGCGCACCAACGCUCUAGAAAACACAUUCGUCACCCAGUUGACGCAGCCCCAUUCGAGCCCUUCGAAGAUACGUGGGCCGCGCUGGAAGAAGCCAGCUCCUGAUCUUCCAUCUGAGACAGAGAAGAGAGCUGCGGAUGAGCAAAAGGACGGUCAAAACGCCGACGACGAUGACGAUUUGCGAGCCGCGAUAGCUGCCUCUUUAGAAUCAUACCGUGCUGAAAGCUCGAAUACAGGCAAUGAUUCUUUCUCAAGUAAUGCUCAACGGCCAACGCAUGCUUCUCAUCCCCCAGCUGCAGACUCGUUCGACUUUGACGAUAUACCCGAAGAUGCAUUCGAUUCUUCUCCGUCGCUGUCUCCUCAACCGGGACCGCCCGCUCACCCAGUUACAACCGCAAACCAGUUCACAAGACCUAACCCAAGUCUACACAGGACAAGUCUCCGCCAAACGACCUUGUUUGGUAUGGUGGCACCCGAUACGAGCGCAUCAGGCCAGCCUUCAGCUGAAAAUUGGUUUCCUGAGGAUAAGAAUGAGCCUCCUACGCAUCAUAAACUGAACCAGGAUGCGUUGGAAACGUGGGUUUACCCAACCAACUUGGGAAAGAUACGAGAUUACCAGUUCAACAUUGCCCAGAAAGGUCUGUUCUAUAACUUGUUGGUGGCGCUACCAACAGGUCUUGGUAAGACCUUCAUCGCCGCAACGGUCAUGUUGAACUGGUUUCGCUGGACCAAGGACGCACAGAUUGUCUUCGUGGCACCAACAAAACCACUAGUUUCCCAGCAAGUCGGUGCUUGUUUUGGCAUUGCCGGUAUCCCUCGAUCUCAGACGACGAUGCUUACUGGAAAUGCCGCACCUGGCAUCCGCGCUGAGGAAUGGCAGAAUAAACGGGUCUUUUUCAUGACACCACAGACCUUAGUCAAUGACUUGAAAACGGGCAUAGCGGAUCCGAAGCGGAUCGUCUUACUCGUUGUCGAUGAAGCUCAUCGUGCCACUGGAGGAUACGCCUAUGUCGAGGUGGUGAAGUUUCUGCGGCGGUUUAAUAGCAGCUUCAGAGUGCUUGCUUUGACUGCGACGCCAGGUUCCACCGUUGAAGCUGUCCAGGCGGUCAUUGACGGUUUGGACAUCGCCAGAGUAGAGAUCCGUACUGAACAGUCACUUGAUAUUCGGGAGUACGUCCAUGCACGGAAUAUCGAGACUGAAGUCUUCGAAUAUUCGGAAGAGAUGUUGUUUUGUAUGGAUCUCUUUUCCAAGGCCCUACAGCCCGCUGUUGAUCAACUCCGUCAGCUGAACGCUUAUUGGGGCAGAGACCCGAUGAUGCUCACGGCCUUUGGACUGACAAAAGCAAGACAGCAAUGGAUGGCUUCCGACGCUGGAAGAAAUGCGAGCUUCGGUUUGAAGGGGAAGAUCAACGCAAUCUUCACUGUUCUAGCCAGUCUUGCCCACGGUAUAGACCUUCUAAAGUAUCAUGGGAUCGUACCUUUUUACCGCAACCUUGUCUCCUUUCAGUCUGGGGUUGAUGAGAAGAAGGGCGGAAAGUACCAGCGCCAGAUUGUUCAGGACGACAAUUUCAAAAAGCUUGUGCGCCAUCUACAACUGUGGACCAGCAACGAGGAGUUUAUCGGCCAUCCAAAAUUGGAAUAUCUAAGGCAGGUCGUUCUCAACCACUUCAUGGAUAGAGGGGAAGGUACCGGUACUGGUGAUGACCAGCCUCAAUCAAAUACAAGAAUCAUGAUCUUUGUGCAUUUCCGAGAUAGUGCCGAGGAGGUAACAAGGGUCUUGAAAAGACACGAGCCUUUAAUACGACCACAUGUCUUUGUCGGGCAGGCUAGUGCUAAAGGCUCGGAAGGGAUGGACCAGAAGACCCAGUUGAACAUCGUUGAGAAAUUCAAGAAGGGUACUUACAACACCAUAGUUGCGACCUCUAUCGGUGAGGAAGGGUUGGAUAUUGGUGAAGUCGACCUUAUCGUGUGUUAUGACUCGUCCGCAUCACCAAUCAGGAUGUUACAGCGAAUGGGACGUACUGGAAGAAAGAGAGCAGGUAACAUCGUCCUGCUGCUGAUGAAGGGAAAGGAAGAGGAGUCCUACAUCAAGGCGAAGGACAACUAUGAAAAGAUGCAACAACUUAUCGCCAGUGGCACGCGGUUUACUUUUCAUGACGACAUAUCACCCCGGAUCUUGCCACGAGAUACAAAACCAGCAGUCGAUAAGCGGAAAAUUGACAUCCCUCCUGAAAAUUCUCAACAGGAACUGCCAGAACCAAAGAAGAGGGCUCGUCCUCCGAAACGUCCUCCGAAGAAAUUCCACAUGCCCGAUGAUGUGGAGACGGGCUUCACUAAGGCAUCCAGUUUGGGUCCCAAAGGAGCUCAGAAGGAAUCGACAGGAAUAAAAAAAUGGGCCCGUGUCGUUCGUACUCCCACCCCGGAACCUGUCAGUGUGCCUUCCCUCGACGAAGUCUUGCUUACGCCUUCAGAACAACGGGAACUAGAGCUCCGGUACUGCAAUGUAGGUGGGACGACACCGCAGUUUAUCCAGCGUCCCAAGAAUGAUGCUUUCCCUCGUCUGCAGCGUGAACCCAGACCGACAAAAUCUGUGCAGCAUGGUUCGAUGACUCGCCGGAUGAUCGGAGCAUUUCGAAGGAUGGCGGAGGUCCCCAUGGACUGUGAGGAUCAUUACAGGAAGAUAAUCGAUCUUGAAAAGAAGGCAGCCUCCAGCAAGCGACUUUCACGAAGAGAUGCAUCCCAUGAAAGUCUGGACGAUGCAGACACCGCCGUCAAUACGCCAACAAGGCACAAUAGCAGUCCUAACGCUAUUCAUGACUCAGGAUUUGCAGGUAGCCAUUCACCGCAGUCGUCUCCGUUGAUGUGUUCGCCAUUUAAACUUGAAGAUAAGGAGCCUAAACCGUUCUAUGCGUCCCAAUUGAGCGAUGUGGAUGGCAUGGAGACGAACUUGGAUCUUCCAGAUAUAAGCGCACUCGUUGGCAAAAGCACUCACGCAAGACAUUCCAGAAAACGCGCUAGGAUUAUUGCAGAUGAUGAUAGCGAUGAAUGAUUAAUAGAUGGGUCUGGAGUAUUCGGGAUGUUGGAUAUAGCGGCUGGCCAGCUUGGUUCAAGUCAAAUUGGAGUAUUGGGCACUUUUUGGCACUACACAUUGUGUGAUAGAACGGACUGGAAUCGAUAUGAUACCCCUUGUCCAGAAUUAAUUUCUACAUAACUUCUCUAUUUUCUUUUUGCAUACUAGUUGUUUGUUUUGCCUCUGUAGUUGUGGCGUUGGUAAACCUCCCAGUGCGGUGUGAUUGCUGACCCCACGGGCCACGGCUUCCGCCGUGUCUGCGCACGC